AUGAUCAACUACAAUGGUCGACUUAAUAGCAACUCUGCUAGAUUAGUGCCAGGGGGUAACGGGUUUACUUCCUUGCUGCCAAAUGAAACAAUUACUGCGAUUCGUGAAUAUGCCAAACUUGUUCACCAUCAACCUGAUGCAUCUGCCUACAAAGUUACCAAUGCUAUAGGCAACGUUUUUGCGGCUGCCAAACAUGAACAAGAAAAUAGUAAAUCGUCAAAAUCAUAA